AUGUCAGUCGAAAGAGUCAAAGACAAAAGAGGUGAAGAUAUCAAUGUCGGCGACGACGUGUGGACCCGGUACCGGGGCGGAUCGCACGAAGGAGAGGUUGAAAAGAUCGUGAUGGAUCAGGCCGAGGCGCGCGAGGAAAAUGUUGCUAAUCCCCCCAAGGUCAUCUUCCAGGACCAACACGGGCACAGAGUGGCGCAUAAUCCGAGUACCCUGCAAAAGACAGACUGA